AUGAUCUGCAAAGUUGUCUUGACAGUCGGAUUUCACAAGAGGAAGAAGAGUUCCGGGCUACGUCAACAAAUACCACAAAGCUAUCAAAAAUGGCUACAGGAGUGGAUCAGUCAGUUGGCAUGAGUCUUGUUGCUUUCAGUCUCCUGCUGUUUACAUACUACUCUGUGUGGGUCAUUGUGCUGCCUUUUGUUGGAAGUGAUCACAUACUUCACAAGUAUUUCCUCCCACGGGAGUACUCCGUCAUUCUACCUGGAAUUGCAGCAGUAAUCCUGCUCCUUUGUAUCGGGGCUUUCACCGCUGUUGUUAUAUGGAAGAAUCAUAAACCAAAGAAAGUGGACUGAUCGAUCCUGUUUGUGUGACUGCUGUGGACUUUGCUAUGCGAAAGAAAAAACAACUGUGAUAAAUGAAAGAAAGCAUCAUGAAAUAUAUUUUGUAUUAAAGAUCUUUUCCCAAUUGAGUGGAUUAGAGAACAUUUAGAAGAAAUAAAAUAGAGCAUUCUUCUCUAUUACUGUUUCUAACUAACUAUGUCCCUCAGGGUUUACUUUCUCUUCAUUCAGUGAACCUUCCAGGUAAUUAAUUUCUAUUUUGAUUAUAUAUUUAUGCAUUUACUGAUAAAUCUUUUAAGACAAAAGCUAUAGCAGAACACUGACUAAAUGGAAUUAAAUAGAUGAGAACCAGAGAAAACUAAUUGAAGUGAAGAUGACAGAAACACAGAGAAAUAGGAAAAUAUGACUGAUACCACAAUAAAAAAAAUGGAAAGAGGAACAUGGAAAGGGUAAAAAAAUAACUGAACUAGAACCAAGUGACAAACAAAGAACACAAAUAACUAAACAAUAACACCAGAGACAAUAAGAUAACCCAGAAAAA